AUGAAAAACGACGAGGAGGACGAGCAUCAGCUGCAGCAAUCACGUGUCGGUGAUAUCCAGAAAGUUGACGGAAUUGCGUGGACGACGACAACAACAACAACAAUGAGCAGAAAUAGUGCCAAUAGCCCGACGAUUGAUGUAUUGUCCGAGGCUUCACCAUCACCUCCGGCAUCAUCGUCGACCUCUGACGGAGUGGUAGCGGAUUGUGUAGUAUGUGGAGAUAAGUCAAGCGGCAAACAUUAUGGCCAAUUCUCAUGCGAAGGCUGUAAAAGCUUCUUUAAACGAUCCAUACGAAGAUCCCUUUCUUACGCAUGUCGAGGUUCCAAAAAUUGUCCCGUGGAUGUAAAUCACAGGAAUCAGUGUCAGUUUUGUCGUCUAAAGAAAUGCGUCAAAAUGGGAAUGAGACGAGAAGAUACUCCAUCGCUCCAAGAACCAAUAAAAGUUGAAGCGAUUCAGGAAAAAAUUCAAUCCUCAUUGGACGAAUAUUGCCGCACUCAAAAAGCUCAUCAGCCGUGUCGCUUCGGUAGAAUUCUACUGCGUCUUCCUGCACUUCGAACUCUGUCAGACUCCUCCGUCGAGUCUUUAUUUUUCUCGAAAUUGGACACACCUAUUAACGUAUUUUUAAAGGACCUUCUAAGUCAACCGGUGUUGAUUCCAAAAAUUUGGCCAUAUGCCAUGUUUCCACCUUUCCCCGUUCGCCCGCUUACUUAG